UUCUUCUUCUACCAUCCUCCUCCUCCUUUUCUCCGGCACUUGUGGUCAAGGGGGCAUCGAUCUUCGAUCAGGAAGAUGGCUGCUGGCUGGUGGCUCUUUUUCACCCUGACCCUUUUGCAGUCCUUGGUGAUAAACCUCUCCGCCGACGGGCCCUUCCCUUCUGCCACCACGAUAAAGCGGUGGGUGGAUAAGAUGCAAGAAGACCUAGUAAGGCUGGUGAAAACAGCGAGUGGGGUGGAUGAACUUGCUCAAAUAUACCUGCGAAACACAGACUUAUAUACCGUGGAGGCCAACAAUGCACGGCAGCUGGUAGAAAGUGCAGCCCGAGAAAUUGAAAAACUCCUGAGUAACAGAUCAACAGCAUUGGUGCGCCUUGCUGAAGCAGCAGAGAGAUUUCAGAAAGAACAUCAGUGGCAGGAUGAGUUUGCGACUAAUGAUAUUGUCUACUACAAUGCAAAGGAUGACCUGAAUGAAUCUGGAAGAAACGAGAGUGAAACUGGUAGUCAGAGAAUCAAACCGGUGUUUGAGGAAGAUCCCAUCUUUGGUCGGCAAACAUCCUACCAGAAUGCAGCAGUCCACAUACCUACGGAUAUAUAUGAAGGCUCUACAAUUGUGUUGAAUGAACUGAACUGGACCGGAGCUUUAGACGAAGUCUUUAAAAGGAACAGAGAAGAAGACCCAACCUUGCUUUGGCAAGUUUUUGGCAGUGCAACUGGCCUCGCCAGGUAUUACCCAGCAUCUCCAUGGGUAGACAAAAGUCAAGCUCCAAACAAGAUAGAUCUGUACGAUGUCCGUAGAAGACCAUGGUAUAUCCAAGGAGCUGCAUCUCCCAAAGACAUGCUCAUUCUAGUCGAUGCGAGUGGCAGUGUCAGUGGAUUAACAUUGAGGUUGAUCCGAACAUCCGUCAUUGAGAUGUUGGAAACCUUGUCCGAUGAUGAUUUUGUGAAUGUUGUUUCAUUCAAUGAAAAUGCUCAGAAUGUCAGUUGCUUCAACCACCUUGUACAAGCUAACGUGAGAAAUAAGAAGAAGCUGAAAGAAGCCGUCAAUAAAAUCUCAGCAAAAGGGAUCACCGAUUAUAAAAAAGGCUUUAGUUACGCCUUUGAACAGCUGCUAAAUCACAGCCACAGUGUCUUCAGAGCUAACUGCAACAAGAUUAUAAUGUUAUUUACUGAUGGUGGUGAAGAAAAAGCACAGGAGAUUUUUGACAAAUACAACAAAGAGAAAAAAGUCCGUGUAUUUACAUUUUCUGUUGGUCAACAUAAUUAUGACAAGGGACCCAUACAAUGGAUGGCCUGCAAAAACAAAGGUUACUAUUAUGAAAUUCCUUCUAUUGGUGCCAUAAGAAUAAACACACAGGAGUACUUGGAUGUUUUGGGGAGACCAAUGGUUCUGGCUGGGAAGCAAGCCAAGCAAGUCCAGUGGACUAAUGUUUACUUGGAUGCCCUGGAACUUGGCUUGGUCAUUUCUGGAACCCUGCCUGUCUUCAACUUGACAAAAGACCAAAAUGAGAAGCAGAACCAGUUGAUACUUGGAGUGAUGGGAGUUGAUGUGUCGCUAGAAGAAAUAAAAAAACUGACUCCACGGUUUACACUUUGUCCAAAUGGAUACUAUUUCGCAAUUGACCCCAAUGGUUAUGUGUUGCUUCAUCCAAAUCUUCAGCCAAAGCACAUUGGUGCGGGCAUACCCAAAAUUAGAAAAAGGAGACCCUAUGUCCAGAAUCCUAAAUCUCAGGAGCCAGUGACGCUGGAUUUUCUGGAUGCAGAGCUGGAAAACGAUAUUAAAGUUGAGAUUCGGAAAAAAAUGAUAGAUGGAGAAAGCGGAGAUAGGACAUUUAGAACGCUGGUCAAGUCUCAAGAUGAGCGCUACAUUGACAGAGGAAACAGAACAUACACAUGGACAGCUGUAAAUGGUACUGAUUACAGUUUGGCCUUGGUGUUACCAUCCUACAGCUUUUACUACAUAAAAGCCAACAUUAAGGAAGCACUCACUCAGGCAAAAUUUACGGAAACUCUGAAGCUAGAUCGCUUUGAUGAAUUCGGCUACACCUUUUUAGCACCAAGAGACUACUGUGGGCCUGUGAAAAUAACUGACAACAACACAGCAUUUCUUCUGAAUUUCAGCGAAUUUAUAGAUCGAUACACCCCCCAAAAUCCCUCAUGUAAUGACAUGGUUAUGAGAGCUUUGCUGGAUGCAGGAUUUACAAGUGAACUUGUUCAGAAUUACUGGAGUAAGCAAGACCCUGAGGGAAUUACAGCACGAUUUGUAGCUACAGAUGGAGGGAUCACUAGAGUGUAUCCCAAAAGUGCAGGAGAAUAUUGGACAGAAAAUCCUGAAACCUAUGAAGAGAGCUUCUACAAAAGGAGCUUAGAUAAUGAAAACUACAUCUUCACAGCUCCCUUCUAUAACAGAAGCGUAUCUGAAGAUGGCAUUAUGGUCAGCAAGGCUGUGAAAAUAACCGUCAAUGGAAAACUUCUGAAACCUGCAGUUGUUGGAGUAAAAAUCAAUGUGACCAACUGGAUGGAAAAUUUCACCAAAAUCACUACAAAGAAUCAGUGCAAAAGUGAACUGUGUGGAUGUGAAAAGAACAGUCGGCAUGUUGACUGUGUUAUCCUUGAUGAUGGAGGAUUUCUCUUGAUGACAAAUCAGGAAUGGGAUAUGCAAGAGAUCGGAAAAUUCUUUGGUGAGAUUGACCCUGGCCUCAUGCGAAAUCUCAUCAACAUGUCCUUAUAUGCCUUUAACAAGUCUUAUGACUAUCAGUCUGUGUGUGACCCAGAAGAAGAAGCAAAGCAAGGAGCCGGACUCCGCUCUGUCUAUGUGCCUACGAUAGCAGACAUGUUACAUCUAGGGUGGUGGGCCUCGGCAGCCGCUUGGUCUAUCUUGCAGCAGCUCUUUCUGGGCCUCACCUUCCCACGUUUUCUUAGUGCCGUGGAAAUGGAGGAGGAAGACUUCAGUGCCAUCCCAUCAAAACAAAGCUGCAUUACAGUACAAACUCAGUAUUUCUUUGCCAAUGAUGAAAAAUCAUUUUAUGGCAUUUUAGAUUGCAUAAACUGUUCUAGACUUUUUCACGCAGAGAAGAUUUCCAAUACAAAUUUAGUAUUCAUAAUGAGUGACACCAAACAUAUGUGCCGUCACUGUGAUACAAGGCCACUGAUGCAAGCAGAGAAGCCUGAUGAGGGGCCAAACCCCUGUGAAAUGGUUCAGCAACCCAGAUACAGAAAAGGGCCCGAUGUCUGCUUUGAUGAUGAUAUUGACGAUCAGCCUAUAUGCACAACGAGUCGUGCCUCUGCCAUGAUGUCCGCUCCUAUCUCCAUUUUUCUGCAAGUUUUCAUGUGGUGUGGAUGGAGGAUGCAUCAGACUGCGGUGGGGUCUCUGGAUUGAGCCCAUCACUAUGGUCUAUGGUAGGAAUUCAGCUUAUCCUGCUCUGGCUGUUAUCUGGCAGCAGACACUGCCAGUUAUGACCCUGUUAAAACCAAAACCUGCGUAAUAAAUCAAGAUCCUGCCAAAAUGUUAGCCCACCAUUUCAUUUGGAAAAGGAGGGUCCGUGUGCUCAGACCGCCGAUCAAUGGCAAUGCCCAUUACUUGAUAUAUUCUUUGGGAAAGACUCUGAAGGCACCCAUCGUGACUGCAUGUUGGCGUGUCAGAUCUGUAAACGUGUGUGAAUGCUGCAUCAUCUAGGCCAUUGGAACUGAAUUCUCUAUGUGCUUUAUUGAAGAAUUGCGGUUUCUGUGCUUUUGAAGACUUUUCUGUAAAAAGGGCUCCCCUUUAAAAGGUGAUGACAUGGUUUCGGUUUAUUUGACCUGAGUUUUCAAUUGGUUGCACUCUUUUUUCUUUAACAUGAAUGCUUUGUAAGGGGGAGAAGGAAACCCGGCCAUUUCCUUAGCACUCUUAUUUAGUGUACUGAUGUUUUAAUGUCUGCUUUCAAUAUCACUUGUGUCCAGAAUGCAAAAUAGACUUUGAUCCAGAGUUGUUUCAGACUGGCUAGACCUCUACAGAGAUUCAACAUGACUUAAAAUGCCUUAUGACAAAUGAUUCCCCCCAGCCAAAAUUAGUCUAAAAGGGUGGCCAGGUUGAGUAGGUUCAUGAAAUGAAUGCAAUUUUUUAAAAGGCAAAAAUGAAACAACAUAAUGUCUAAGUAGAAGGGUUAUUGAGAAUGUCAUCCUUCGGCAGAAAAUGUGGUUUUCAUCCCAAAUUUGGUGUCCAUUUCCUCAUUGCACAGUUGUUGAUGUCCACAUCAAGGUUCCUGUUCCCAGAACAAUGACUUACUGCUAGCCAAGUCCUCCAAAAUGUUCAGACACAAAGUUUGUGAAUAAAAAUGUCUUCUUCGUGAAUAUUGAACGUUGGUUUCCAAGGGUAUUUUGCAUGAUGUUGAAGCUGCUACUUUUGCUGUUUCUUUCAGUUUGGUUUUUUUCCUUUAUUCUUUUGAUGGUAGACUAUAGGUUUUGGGAUUUUUUGUUUUUGUUUUUUUGAAAAGGUAACUGAGUGGUUCUUUUGUUGUGUGAGAAACCAAAUAUUGCAAUGUGAUGCAAUUUGAUCUUAAGUUAUAUAUUGUUAAACAGAUAUCUGAAUAUACUGUGCAAUGUAAAAGUGGAAAGGGGGUAUGGUACGUUUAUCUGUCUGCACAAAUAAGGAAAAAAUGGGUUUUAUGCAGGUGAAAACACCUAAAAUUCUAUCUAGAGGUGUUUUAAAUAAAUGAAAUCAAAUUACAGGCAUUUAGUUUUGAAGAGCAUGUAUGCUCAGAUUUGUAUCUGGUAGAUUCUUGUUUGUUUCCAUUGCAGUUAGUAUCUACCUAUUAGUACCUAUAAAGCAUUCACCUUUUUAUUAUUUUACAGCUAAAAUGUGCUGAAUUCAACUAAAACUGUGCUGAAUUUUACUAAAACAGUAGCAAAACCUGAACAAAUGGGGAGCCUUGAAUCUGUAUGUAUGUUCAAUGAUACUUGAUUGUCAAUAAUAAAAAAUACUGUUUUUAUACAAA